AUGUGCCAGGAACUCGAGGCACAAGCUUGUGAAAAUGAGAAUGAGGUCACUGAAAUCAAUGGUUCUAGUUCAAAUGUCACCUCAUCCCAAGCUAAAGAUGAUCCCAUGUAUUUAAAGUUAUGGGAGAAGUCAAAGAGGCAUAAAAAUGGGAAGUUUGACGAUGAGGCCGAGGAGAAGUUCAAGGAAUUAAGGGAUUUGCAUGAGAAGGAAAUUGGUGAAAAGGGGAAUGAUAAUCUUACUCUUGAAAAAGCUUAUGUGAAGGUUCUUGGACAUUGUUCAGGUUAUGCCCGAGGUUUAGGCAAAGGGCACCCGGUGUCGUCUAAAGAUGGAAAGAUAGGAAGAGCUGAGCUGGAACAAAAUGUUGAAAAACUACAAAAUGAAAAUAAUAUUAUGCGAGCUGAAUUGGAAGCGUCUAAGAAGAAACAAGAAGACCUAGAACAAAAGCUUCGGUUAAUCAUGGAGAAGAUUGGCCUUGAUGCUUGAUA